CGGACAGGCUCUCGACUUCAGUUUUUUGCACCCACCAGAGCUCGCGGAAAAGGGCCCAGUCCUGCACACCCAGACCAGCGAAAAAAAAAACUGAGCUAUCAAACAGGCUCACCCGUGGAUCCCAUAUCUGAACAUAUACUCCCCGGCAUGUCUGUCAAAAGCACCCCUAUAAAAAUCAGAUUGGCCCGGUUCGGUAGAAAGCACCAGCCUGUGUACAACAUCGUGGUGGCCCGGAUAAGAUCAGCCAGAAACUCGUUGCCCAUCGAGGUGCUCGGCACGUAUAACCCAAUUACUGUGCCCUUGACUCCAGAUGAGAAGGCCAGAAACGUCCAGCCAUACAAGCACAUCGAGUUGGACUUCCACAGAACCAAGUACUGGCUUGGUGUGGGUGCGCUGACAAGCGACCGCGUGGCGUUUUUGCUCAAAAGAGCAGGCUUGCUUCCGGAGCUGUGGCCCAAGGAAAACAAGCUUACGCAGGUCAUCAGCAAGCGGGUCUCACAAGAGCCGACGAUCGAGACAGAGGAGAAGAAGGACUUUUUCAGACCAAGGGACUAGGCCCUGCUCGACUUUUUCCUUCAUUCAGACGCGUAACGAAGAAUCACGCAUGUAUAUAUAGAGACCACUCAAUAACCAAGCAACGCAUUAAGCACACCAAAUUUCCGAGGAACUGCUCCGCACCACGAGGGCCCG